AACUACGAUUUAGUAUAGAGGUGUGGAUGAAAAAAAAAACCAUAAAAUAUUGCACUAUGAUAGAUGAAAAAAAAAUGAAUUUUUCAAAAUUUUUGUCCCCUUACAGUCGGGUGUUGCCAAAUGGCAACAUCAAGCCAUUCGAUACCGAAGAACUUUUUUGUUCCGAAGAACACACUUUUCCUAUCCCCAUGGUGAGGGUACUACAGCGAUGCAGGAAAAGAUUUCUUUGCUCUCUGUCUUCUGGUAGCCGGCUGGAAAGGGUUAACAAUUUAUUAACUUUGUCUAUUGUAAUUCUAUCAUCUAAUUUUAAAUAGUAUUUGUGGACUGCAUUCAUAAUCACUAGCAACCGUUGUUCUUCUUUUGAUUCCUAUUCUAUGCAUAGUGUUAUUUUAAAUGAUUCUAUCAAAAUAAUCAUGAAUAGAAAAGUAGAUUUUUUUUCAAUAGGAAUGUUCAAAAUGUUUCCAAACAAAAAUUUUGAUUUCGAAUCCUUUUCUAUUUUUCAAUCUAGUCAUUCUAUUGAUGAAGUUCGAGAAAAUACAGAAUUUUAUUGGCAUUUUCAACGUUAUUCAUUUGUAAAAGAAUAUUUUGAACGUUUACCAUUAUCUUAUCCUCCAUUAAUUGUUAUUCCACAUAUCAUAUUACUUUUUUUGAAUAUUCGACGCAUAUAUUUCUCGAAACUGAGUCGAAAUCGAAUGAUCAGUGAAAAUGGUGUUUCACUAUUAAAAAAGCUCACACGUGUUUUUAAAAUGAUUCCUACGAGUGAUUCACAAAAUGAACAAUGGGAUUCUUUUGAAAAUGCUGCAGUGCAUAGUCAUAUGCGUUCAAUAUUAGAAAAAAAUAAAGAUACUUUAACGGUGAAUCAUGAAAAAUCGAGUGAAACAAUGAUGAAAACUGAUUCGAAAGUUGCAGAAACAACUUUAAAUCAAGAACAACAGAUAGAAACCUUAAAAAAUGAAUUAAUGUCGACAUGCAAAUCAGUUCUUCUGGAAACUCAAAGAGGAUUAGAAGAUAACAAUUCGAGAAUGGAAAAUCGUUUCGAUCAGAUGAAAACGUCACUUGAAUGGGUGAUGAAUGCAAUUGAACGUAUGCAAAUGAACGAUCCAAAAAAUCCGAGACCUACGUUUGAAUCAUCUUCUACUAACAAUGAUAUUUCAUUUGCACAUCAAGCAACAACAUUAACCACAAAUUCAGUUGAAUAG